AUUCCUUGGAUGUUAGCAUAAAAAGAUGAUUGGGUCCCAAGGGAAGUUGCCCCAUUUAUAUGGCUUAAUCAAGAGGCACCCAAUCACCAGUCGUCGAGUCACCAAGUCUGAAGCCGUGUCAUCAUCAAGCUCUUCAGCAAAGAGUAGGUCCUUGCAAGAUCUAAGAACUCCCCUUCUUGUAACUGAUGAACCACAUGAAAUGCAUCAGCAGAAUAGAGAGGAAAUUUCAGAUUCUGUGUCAGUAUCAUCUAGGUCUCUGACUGAGUCUGAAAGGCAGAGUGAUGUAGGUGAUGACUAUGAUUCAGGGCCAAAGAAGACGGGGAGGAGAGCAAGGCUGAUAAAUUUGACGAAGAAAAUGGGAGAGAAGUUCGAAGAGAAGAAGCGUCACAUUGAAGAAAGGGGUAGGCACUUUGUUGAGAAAAUGAGAGGACCUUUGAGACCAAUAGAAACGUCCAACUCAUCAUUCUUUGUAUGUGGUUAUUGCCAUGCUCUGAUUCAAUUACUUUUGUUCAUAAAUACAAAUGUUUAA